GGGGGGGGGGGCUGCUGCGAUGAACGGCAGCGACUGAGGAGCGUCUGAAGCUUCCUGCUCCUGCACAGGUUUUCCCCCCUAGCUGAGCAAGUGACACACAGAGAAACAUGCCUGAGCAAAGCAAUGAUUAUAGGGUGGUUGUGUUUGGAGCUGGAGGAGUAGGAAAAAGUUCUUUGGUCUUGAGAUUUGUGAAGGGCACUUUCAGAGAGAGCUACAUCCCUACCAUAGAGGACACCUAUCGGCAGGUGAUCAGCUGUGACAAGAGCAUAUGCACUUUGCAGAUAACUGACACUACAGGCAGCCAUCAAUUUCCAGCCAUGCAACGCCUCUCUAUUUCCAAGGGACAUGCUUUUAUUUUGGUUUACUCUAUCACCAGCCGGCAGUCCUUGGAGGAGCUCAAGCCAAUCUAUGAACAAAUAUGUCAGAUUAAAGGAGACAUAGAAAGCAUUCCAAUAAUGCUGGUGGGGAACAAAAAUGACGAGAACCAAAAUCGAGAGGUAGAAAGCAGUGAAGGAGAAGCCAUGGCUAAGAAGUGGAAAUGUGCCUUCAUGGAGACCUCUGCCAAGACGAACCACAAUGUGAAAGAGUUAUUCCAAGAGUUGCUAAACCUGGAGAAACGCAGGACUGUGAGUUUGCAAAUCGAUGGCAAAAAAAGCAAGCAACAGAAAAGGAAGGAGAAGCUGAAAGGGAAGUGUGUGGUGAUGUGAAAUUGCACUGUCAGAAAUCAGCUGUGAGGUUUCAUCUGACAGCACGCAUGUAAAACCCAUAGACAGCAAACAAUCAUGCAAGACCCUAUUUAUUAGUAUCUGUUCUAAAAGAAAUACUUGGAAAUUGAAAAAAUGAGGUACUGAUUGCUAUGAAAAAAAAUGAAAAAUAGAAAUUUGUGUACUCUCGCAAUCAAUUAAAGUAAAUCAGGAAGAAAACAAAAGAUGUCCCUGAAUACCUUAUUUUGUAAUAUCCAAAAAGGAAGAAUUUUCAUGAUUCACAUUAUAGGAAAGAUUUGGAAAAUCAACUUAAUAUUAUCUGCAUUUGCAUAUAAUUGCAAGAGAAAGCAGUGUAAAAUAUCUGAAGAAAAACGAAGAAACCUAGAACAUACAAAUGCAUGCUGGAUGGUGUUAAUUUCCUUCAAGAUCGCUGUGGAUGAACAAUUCUAUGCCAUUUUCAUUACUGACUGGUGGGAGAGUGUGCAUAAGACCAUCUUGGAUCACCUGAAUAAAUGAACAAUGCCGAGCAAAAGCAUGGGGAUAGCAGCUAAAAAGAAUAGAUAUUGUCUCUAUCCACCCAGCACGAUACUUCUUUCUAGCGUGAUGAAGAGUAUAAACUGAAGGUUGUGGAAAAGCCAAUCUCUGUAAAAGAGUUGGAGAUCAUCUUUUCUGGGCUCAUUGCUUCAAGAAGUACCUGAGUUUCUGGCCCGAAUACAUUUCAGAAGAACGGACAUUUGUUUGUGGAGAAUGCCAGAUGGGAAUGGUGUACAUACAAAACCAGAAAGCCUCCCCAGGGAGAGCUGACUGGGUAGUCCCCUAUGAAAGCCUCUGUGGGAGAGAAUCAGUUCUAAUGCUGCUGCCUGUUAAAUGAACACAUUUAGUGAAUUUAGUGGUUAGUGAAUGAAUGGGAUGUCUUUUGAACUGGUGGUAGCCUUG